CUUUCCAGGUCAUUCGAAUGCUGGACACUGGCAUAUUCCACCGAAGGGCGCUUUUGCACCGGAUCAUUCCGGUGUGUGCUACUUCAUCAUAAUUUUAAUUAAUUGUAACUUUAUACAACCUGUGAAACUAACUUUACCACGAUUCCUUGGACUAUUUUCUUAUUUAUGAAGAAUGAAUAAGUACUCAUUCAGUCUUCAAUCUUCGAUUUAAAAUUAUACUUCAUUAAUAAUUAUUCGCUUACUGUGCUUACUUUUUUACUACUACUAUGUCUGGUCAAAUCACAUAUUCUCGUGAAGUUUUACAACGAGUUAGUGAUCGUAAAAAUAGAAAACUAGCCAUUGAUGAUUCAAAUAAGAUGGUACCAGAUGCAUUUGAUACCGAUCUCUAUGCUCCAAUUGACUCUCAAACAGAAGUGAUCGAAGACUCCCAGUCAUCAAUAAAAGGACACAGAGACUUAUUUGGUGUACUUAUUCCAGAUGAUAAGUGGGGAAAUAAUUUGUCACCUAAAACCAAAUCGAACAAGAAGACAUCAGUGACUAAAAGCAAGAAAAAAUCGUUGCAAGAUACUGUAUCAAGUAAUUCAUUUAAAAAACCACAACAAAUCUUUAUUCCUACCCCGAAAAUUGUUGAACUAAUGAAAGAGGCGCAAACAGAAUUGUAUAACUUAAUGGGGCUCAACAAAAGUUCAAGUGAUUUAUCAGUUUCAUCAACCGGAAGUUUUAAUGUCAGUGGAGUACAACUACUAGAUAAUAAAAAUGAAGAAAAGUCUUCUGAAGUCUUAAAAGGAGUCGUUGCAUUUGUUGACUAUAAAAUUGAAAAUGAUCAAUCAGCUUUAGACAUAAUUGAACUCCUCAAUAUGCUUGGGGCUAAAGUUGAAAACACCUUUAAUCAUAAAGUAACACAUGUAGUGUUUCAUGAUGGUUAUCUUAAAACAUGUAAAACAGCAAUCAAACUUAAAAUUCCAUUAGUGACAUCAAAAUGGGUAGAAAAUAGUCAUUUAGCCAAUAAAAUGAUGAAUCCUGCUGACUAUUCACCCAUUGAUAUGGAAAAGUAUACUAAGUACCAGGAAAUAAGUUUGAUUAGUCCAUUAUAUUUUCAGAAAUGUUAUGAGCAUAACAAAUUUUUAAGACACAGUAAUAUUAACCAUGACAUUGGAAUCCAAGCCGAAUGUGAUAGCCUUAUGGAACAUGUUAAAAAUUUAAAAUUGAACUACAUAAAAGAAGAUUCUGUUAAAGUUAAAACCCCUAAACUACGAAAAUCUAUAAAAAAUCUUGAUAAUAUUGCGAAUGGAUUUUCCAAUAAUUUAUAUGAUUUGUUAAACGCUCAAGAUAGCCCAUAUCUUGACGAAAAAGAAAUUAGUGAAUUAUACAUACCUAUGUCAAUAAAAACACUAAGGAAGUAUUUAACUCCCAAAGAUACAGAAAACAAAACACCUUCAGAACUUGACGAUGAUUUAAUUGAAAUUGAAAAUCAACUGAAAUUAAAUUCCCAAGCUAGACAACGGUUUCGUAGAUUAUUAUUUAAUUCAAAUAAAGAUAUUAGUGAUUUUCCAUCGCCUUCACCUCUUAAGUUAAGAAACAGUGCUCCAGCUAGAUUAACAAGCAAAAAAAAACAAAAAUUAUUGUUUGAUAAAGAAACAUCACAUAAAAAUAAAAACUUAAAAAAAAUUGAAAAAACCCCAGAAAAACAAAAUACUCAAUCUAAAGUACUUCGAUGGAAUAUACCUACAGACCUACGACCAAAAAAAAUUAAAAAAAAUAUUGCUGUUAAAGUAUCUGAAACUCGAAAUAAUGCAAUCACCUCAAUAUCCAGAGAUUCUUCUAUGAUUUUCCAAACACCAAAACCUUCCAUAAAUAGUCCUGUAACUAUGGGGAAGAUUGCGUGUACUGGAUUUUCUAAAAAUGAAGUAAAUACAAUAAAGAUAUCCAUACAAAACCUGGGCAUAUUUACUUUUCAUACUAAUGUGGAACCUUCGACGACUUAUUUAAUUACUAAAUCACAACCAAGUCGAACAUUAAAUAUGGUAUUUGCAAUGGCUUAUGGAUGUAACAUAGUUUCUGAAAAUUGGGUACAUGAAUCACACAAAAUAGGCAGAUGGUUGCCUUGUGAACAUUAUUUAAUAUCUGAUUUAUCCAGUCCUGUUAAGAAAUUUCAAACACGACGUAACACAUUUGGUUCAUUGUUAACAUUUCACAUAUUUGAUGAAGCCGGUAGUAUUUACGUUUCUAAUACUUGUAAACCAUCUGCUAAACACAUAAAACGACUGGUGCGUACAUGUGGUGGUAAAUGUACUAGUAUUGUGACUAAAGCUAAUAUAGUGGUUGGUAAAACAUCUCAAAUAACCAACAACAUUCAAGAAAAAUGGGUUCUGGAUUGCAUUACCCAAGGAACCUUGCUAAAUAAGGAUCAGUACAUAAUAGUUGAUAAUAAUAUUGAGCUUUAAAAUAGACUUAAUUACUUGUAUUGUAAACACACUUUUUUUCUUUUUUCUUAAUUUUUCUCUAGGCAAAUUUUGACUUCUUAUUACUUAUAACUAGUGUUUUUUUAUUGUUUAAAUUAGAAUUAUUUAAUAUAAUUAAUACCCAUACGCAUUAGUCAUAAUGGAAAUCAAUAAUUUAUAUUUUAGUUUUAUUGAUUUA